CAUCGAACUCGCAGAGGGGUCUUCGUCCUUUUUCUUUCAUCCCAAAAAAAGCAGACGAGUUCGAUAUCUCGAGGAGCAGAUCAUUUUUAAACGUCCGACAGCUUACCUGGCACGAUCCGCCAUACGCGAGCUGAGGUCGACACACUUGACUCCCCUUGGUGGCUGACUACCUGGCAUUUAGCGUGUUGUCAAAAGUACCGCCAGAGCACAAACCCUCGCGAUAAUAAAGUGGUAUGCACACUGUUCACUCCGUACCACGAGGCUGUUUUUAUGAUUAGACGGCUGAUAAGAUGUCAUGUUGGAAGAAUCCUAUGGCGGCUUCGCAAUCGCCAGGAGAACCCCCAGUGGACUCGGCAGACACUGAACAUGAAGAAAAGCAGACACCAAAUUCGACUCUUUCCACAGAUGCAGACGGCACUUCAAUAUCCGACAAAUCCGACAAAGAGGUCGAUGUUCGAAUAGAUCCCGAUGUCGAGCGUGGAAUCCCCAUUAUCAACACCACCGAUGAUAUCGACGAGGAGAAACAACCCGAUGCGACGGCCACUGAGCGUGACCCCAACGUCGUCGACUGGGACGGUCCCAACGAUCCCGAGAAGGCCUUGAACUGGCCCAACAAGAUGAAAUGGGGCAACGUGGCUGUCAUUUCCUCCGUCACGUUCUUGACCCCUCUGGCCUCUUCGAUGGUGGCACCGGCGGUCCCCCUGGUCAUGAAGGAGUUCCAUGCCACCGACGGCACGAUCGCGAGUUUCAUCGUCUCGAUCUACGUCCUGGGCUAUGCCAUCGGCCCUCUCUUUCUGGCUCCCAUGUCGGAGGUCUAUGGAAGGUUACCGGUCUACCAUAGUUGCAACUUCCUGUUCGUGGUAUGGAGUCUGGCCUGUGCCCUGGCGCCGAACAUCGGCGGUCUCUUGGUCUUUCGACUCUUGGCCGGCAUCGCGGGUAGUUGCCCCAUCACCAUCGGUGGAGGUUCGAUCGCAGAUCUCAUACCACAGGAAAAGCGAGGUGCUGCGAUGGCACUGUUUGCCAUGGGACCUAUCCUCGGCCCUGUCAUCGGCCCUGUCGCAGGUGGCUAUCUUGCGGAGGCAGCAGGUUGGCGGUGGGUGUUUUGGCUGAUCACUAUCGCCGGCGGAGUCGCUCUCGGAUUCUCACUCCUGUUCUUACGAGAGACGUACGAGCCGAUCCUCCUCGAGAAGCGAACGAAGCGACUGCGCAAGGAGACAGGGAACCCCGACCUACGAUCGAAACUCGACAAGCAAAUCCCGACCAGAGAAUACUUCUUGCGCGCCAUCGUCCGCCCGAGCAAGAUGCUUCUGCUGUCCCCGAUCGUCCUCUCGCUGUCGAUCUACAUGGCCGUCGUCUACGGCUACCUCUAUCUGUUGUUCACCACCCUCACCAUGGUCUUCGAAGGCACCUACCAUUUCAGCCAGGGUGCCGUGGGUUUGGCCUUUCUGGGCAUCGGGAUCGGCUCCCUGUUUGGCCUGGUCAUAUUCGGUGCCCUGUCCGAUCGCACCGUCAAGAGAUUGGCGGCCAAGGGGGAGAUGAAGCCGGAGUACCGCCUACCCCCUCUCAUUCCCGGGAGCUUGAUCAUCCCCGUCGGCUUGUUCUGGUACGGGUGGUCCGCGCACGCCGCCAUCCACUGGAUCAUGCCCAUCAUCGGCACGCUCUUCGUCGGCUUGGGCCUCAUGGCCACCUUCAUGCCCAUCCAGACCUACCUCGUCGACGCGUACCACCUCCACGCCGCCUCGGCUCUCGCCGCGAGUACCGUCAUCAGGAGCUUCGUCGGGGCUUUCUUACCUCUGGCUGGACCCGAAAUGUACAAACAGCUGGGUUUGGGCUGGGGCAAUUCGUUGCUCGCAUUCAUUGCGCUGGCCUUGUCGCCGGUGAGUUGGAUUCUGUACAGAUAUGGAGAGAAGAUUCGCAAGGCAGAACGGGUUGAUUUUUGAAAUUUCAACUCUUUUUUUUAGUUUUCCCGCAAAGGGGAUUUGUUUGGAUCUUGUAGGAAAAAAAAUCUGGGGAAAUGGAAGGCAUUUCGAGCAUUUCAGCAUUUGACUGAACAUCUAGCGGCGUUACCACCAUAGAAAAUCGGCAAUUCAAGGGCUGAUAUGAAGAGAGCAAGGAUCAAAUAUGGAUCAAAUAUAGGCAUAUA